CUACGUGAAGAGUUUCGCGGUGUGACUGAGCUGCGUGGUCCGGCUGUGUCUUAGAAGCAUUGGGCAGGGGGGUGGGCAGUCUCCGCGGCGACGGCGAAGGCAGUGGCCAGGCCGAGAGGCAGGAGGGGUAGAGGUAGCGGCUGCAGGAGCGCUGGGCGGGGAUUUGGCCUCCGGUACAGGUGCAAUGAAAGGCCUCCACACUUUCUGUGCUGUCCUUUUGGUGUUUGGGAGCUUCUCUGAAGCAAAGUUUGAUGAUUUUGAGGAUGAGGAAGACCUCGUAGAGUAUGAUGAUAAUGACUUUGCUGAAUUUGAGGAUAUCAUAGAAGACUCUGUUACUCAGUCUCCUCAACGGGUGAUAACCACCGAAGACGACGAAGAGGAGACCACGGUGGAGUUAGAAGGGCAGGACGAAAACCAAGAAGAAGAUUUUGAAGAUGCAGACACCCAGGAGGGAGAUACCGAGAGUGAGCCAUAUGAUGACGAAGAAUUUGAAGGUUAUGAAGACAAGCCAGAUACUUCUUCUAGCAAAAAUAAAGACCCAAUAACAAUUGUUGAUGUUCCUGCACACCUCCAGAACAGCUGGGAAAGUUAUUAUCUAGAAAUUUUGAUGGUAACUGGUCUGCUCGCCUACAUCAUGAAUUAUAUCAUUGGGAAGAACAAAAACAGUCGCCUUGCCCAGGCCUGGUUUAACACCCAUAGAGAGCUUUUGGAGAGCAACUUUACCCUAGUAGGGGAUGAUGGAACUAACAAAGAAGCCACAAGCACAGGAAAGCUGAACCAGGAGAACGAGCACAUCUACAACCUCUGGUGUUCUGGCCGAGUGUGCUGCGAGGGGAUGCUUAUCCAGCUGAGGUUCCUCAAGAGACAAGACUUACUGAAUGUCCUGGCUCGGAUGAUGAGGCCAGUUAGUGAUCAGGUGCAAGUAAAAGUAACCAUGAAUGAUGAAGACAUGGAUACCUAUGUGUUUGCUGUUGGCACCCGGAAAGCCUUGGUGCGACUACAGAAGGAAAUGCAGGAUCUGAGUGAGUUUUGUAGUGAUAAACCUAAGUCUGGAGCAAAGUAUGGACUACCGGACUCCUUGGCCAUCCUGUCAGAGAUGGGAGAAGUCACAGAGGGAAUGAUGGAUACAAAGAUGGUUCACUUUCUUACACACUAUGCUGACAAGAUUGAAUCCGUUCAUUUUUCAGACCAGUUCUCUGGUCCAAAAAUUAUGCAAGAGGAAGGUCAGCCUUUAAAGCUGCCUGACACUAAGAGAACACUAUUGUUUACAUUUAAUGUGCCUGGCUCAGGUAACACCUACCCAAAGGAUAUGGAGGCUUUGCUACCCCUGAUGAACAUGGUGAUUUAUUCUAUCGAUAAAGCCAAAAAGUUCCGACUCAACAGAGAAGGCAAACAAAAAGCAGAUAAGAACCGUGCCCGAGUAGAAGAGAACUUCUUGAAGCUGACUCAUGUGCAAAGACAGGAAGCUGCACAGUCUCGGCGUGAGGAGAAGAAAAGAGCAGAGAAGGAGCGAAUUAUGAAUGAGGAAGAUCCUGAGAAACAGCGCAGGCUGGAGGAAGCUGCUCUGAGGCGUGAGCAAAAGAAGUUGGAGAAGAAGCAAAUGAAAAUGAAACAAAUCAAAGUGAAAGCCAUGUAAAGUUACCCCAGAGAGCUGAGUCCUGGUGCCACUUAUAAGCUCUGAACUCACAGGAAACAUAAAAAAUACCAAUCAUUUCUCAUCGUAAAGUUUAAAUACUCCCAGUGACUGAGCAAACCUCAUCUCAACCUCUGUUCUGAUUUGGUUUGGAGUAUUGCAGAAGUUGUAGGUACAUUGGAAGGGCUCUGUGGCCAUAAUUUUCUUUCAGAAAAUCAAACUAUUUUGAUCAUUUCAUAAAAGGAAUGAUACAUGAAAUCUGUAUAGUUUUAAAAUAUUUUUAAAAUUAUAACAUGAAUCAUCAGUGCUUUUAGUGCUUUGAUGUUUGAAGAAAUAUCAUGAAAUUUAUAGGUAAUUAAAUCGUUGCUUUUUGUUUAAACUAAGCAAUUUAAAUGGCUAUGAAGACUGGCUCUUAAACCAACAUUCCACAAAUAACUAUUGAAAUUGCACAAUAAACAUUGCUUGGUGUUUU